AUGUCUUCUUCUCGUAAUGAUGGCAAUAUUCCUAGUCGCCAUCGUCGCCGCCGUCGUCGUGGAAGUCAAAAAGAUUCAACAGCUUCAGAUUAUCCAAAUGUAAAGUUCGAUGGCUAUCAAUCAAUCGAUAUUCCAGCAAAUGCUCAACAAAGUCCAGUCGAUACUCGCUUGUCACUUUUGUCUAAUCCAAAAGAAUUGUAGGUUUUUGAUUAUAAUUUCAGAAUAUCCAAUUAAUAAAUCCAAUAUUAUUCAGCAGAUUUCUCGAUGAGAUUGCUCUUUUGAAACGUGGUCAAAUUGAUCGCGACGCUCCAAAACAUCCGUAUAAUCGUUAUUCUGGUCAUCCACAAUCUUCGGAUUCUUCAACAACUUCUGAUUCAUCUCAAUCUGUCACUUCACAAUCAACCACAGAUUCCGAAGAUAAUAAAUCAAUCACUCCGAUGACAACAGUUUCUUAUUUGGGGGUAAGUUGAUGAAAAAUAUUUCUGACUAGAUUUUUUCCUGGUUUAUAGCUCCAUUUUAGUCCUCUGAACUCGAAGAAAAACAUUCUUUUUUUCAUAGUUCAAAAUUAUUUUUCCUAUCUAAUUUCAGGGAGAAGUCGAAAGUGAGACCACCCAAAAUAUUGGAAAUGAUGGAAACUUAAAAGUGAGUAAAUUGAAAGAAGGCGGAAUCAGAUACGAAUUAGCAUCAGGAAAACAAUUGGCGAUUUUCCAACAAAAUCAAGGACAAUCUGCGCUCAUCAUUUACAAAAACUAG